AUGAGCUCUCCCUUCGACAUCAACGGCGGUGCCUGCGUCGCCAUGGUGGGCAAGGACUGCGUCGCAAUUGCCUGUGAUCUCCGACUGGGCAUGCAGGCCCUGACCGUCUCGAAUAACUUCCCCAAAAUCUUCAAUUUCGGCCCGGCGACCUUCCUCGGUUUGACCGGUCUGGGUACCGACGUCGCCACCGUCUCGGACCUCUUCCGCUACAAGGUCAACAUGUACCGACUCCGGGAGGAACGGCACAUUGCUCCCCAGACCCUGGCCAACCUGGUCAGUUCGUCGCUUUAUGAGCGGCGGUUCGGUCCUUUCUUUGUCAGCCCCGUCGUGGCCGGAAUCAACCAAACAACGGGCAAGCCUUUUAUCUGCGGAUUUGACAGUAUCGGGUGUAUCGAUUUUGCAAAGGACUUCAUCGUGAGCGGGACGGCUAGUGAGCAGCUGUUUGGUACCUGUGAAAGUCUGUGGGAGCCGGAUCUGUCCGCGGACGAUCUGUUCGAAACCAUUUCCCAGGCGCUCCUUAGUGCGGUCGACCGAGAUGCCCUGUCCGGUUGGGGUGCCCAAGUGUAUAUCAUAGAGAAGGACAACGUGACCAAGCGGUUAUUGAAGGGAAGACAAGAUUAG